AGCCAAAAUUUGAAGAGUUAUUUGGAUUCUUUGAGUCUUUGAGCUGUAUUAGUAAUUUUUGUAAAUAAACAUGGAAAUAAAUUGCGCUGUCUAUGCAUUGAAGAUAAUUCUUUCUUGUAAGUGAUUUAGUAAAUUAUUUGUAUGAACACAUAUCUAAAUUGUUGAACAAUUAUUUAUCUUAUAGGGUUGAUACUUUCUAAAUUGAAUAUUAAAUUCCAAUAUGUCGUAAGAUUUAAGAAUAACUGAGGUUAGAUGUUCAGUAUUAGUAUUAUUCGGUAGGCCUUACUAUAAAAUUAUUACUAGACUAGAUCUAUUGUAUAUUUAGGUUAUUGUUUCAAAUAAAAUGUAAAAGUAAAAACGCGAUAAAAAUGAAUCGUGAAAUGAAUCAUAUAUUUUCAUCAAAAAAGUUAAUGUUUUUAAGUUAACCGUCCUAGCAACAGUAUACAACAAGAUGGCGAAAAUCGUUAUCGCAGGGCGGUCAGAUUGCCCAUAUUUUGCCAGAAUUGAACUUUUAGGUGAUCGUCUGGCAAAAAACUUGAAAAAAUUCAAACUGCACAAGAUUAUGGUACAGCCAGAUCAAUGGGAUGCUUGGCUAAAAGACACAUGUGCAGAAAAAGGAUGGGUAUUUUCAUCAUCACCAAUAGUAUGGCGAGAAUUAAUAGACAGGGGAGGGAAAGGUGUCCUUAUAGGAGGAGCAAAUGAAUUCCAAGAGUACAUCAAAGCCUACUAUGAUUUAGAGUCAGAAAUGAACAGUUACGACAUGAGGUCGAUAGGGGCUGAAAACAAAAUCACAAAAGAUGAGCUAGAUGCUGAGGAGAGAUACUACAGCUCCCUAAGCAACCCAGUUAAUAUCUGUAUCACAAACUCCAUUAGCCCAACCUGCUAUCACUUGAUACACUCCGUUACAUCAGGCAAAGUUCUGGGUCCUAAGGUUGAGAUGAACAUACGUCUGCUGGUGACGUCGGAGGAUGAUGUCGAAGCUGUCAGAGGAACUGCCAUGGAGGCAGAAGAUCUGGCGCACCCGUGUUUAAGAAGCGUCAAAGUUUGCAUCAGCGCGGAGGAAGCGUUUGAAAACUGCGAGAUUAUUAUUUGUCUGGAUGAGGUGUUGAGACAGGACUGUGAUUCCUUGCAGGAGUGGCUAAUUAAAAAUGAGACCUUGUUCUCAUAUUACGGUUCAAUUAUAAAUGAAAAGGCUCUUAAAAGUUGUAAGGUUUUGGUCUGUGGUGGUGGCCCAAUCAAUGUCAAUGCUAUGAUGAUAAUCAAGAGUGCAAAAAACCUUGCUAGGCAGAAUGUUGUGGCUGUUGCGACAAAUGUUGAAAACCAUGCAAAGUCAAUAAUAGGAGAGAAACUGUCAGUGAAUCCAGCAGGAGUGGUCAAUUUAUUGGUCUGGGGUAACAUCAACGGGAAGCGAUACCUGGAUGUGAGUCAGUGUCGUGUCCAUGGAUAUGAUGGUGCUAUCAUUGGUCCUUAUUGGUAUUCAGUGAGUGCUAUAGAGAUGCUGCAUGAGAAUAAAUGGAUCAGUGCAGAGCUCCCUGGUUUGGUAGCCUCAAGAAAUAUCAAGGUUUCAAGAAUUAUUGGUAGAGUCACAAGUAUGAGCGCAGCUAACUCCAUCUCUACCCUCUUACGGCACUGGUACAGGGGAUCACCCCAUGGGGAAAUUUUUUCUCUUGGCGUCCACUCUGAAGGUUGGUAUGGAGUCCCAGAAGGCAUUGUUUUCUCAUUUCCUGUGGCAAUGGACCCUAAAGGCUACUGGUAUGUUGUAGAGGACAUAUAUUUAACCCUGGAGACCAAGCAAGGUAUCAAGAAUGGUAUUGAGGAUAUUGUGUUUGAACUGGGCAUCAUACAAGGGGACAUCAGAGCAUCCAAAGCUGAUGUUCUUGGUGAGACCGAGUCACAAGACAAAGACUUCACACCACUGGAAACUGAUAAGACAGAAGUCACCACUACGCGCGGGGCUAGCCCGGUGGAGGGAUAUCUUAGCAGCAUCACCCUGCAACCAGAUAUUGCAGAACUAGAUCCAUCCACAUCUAACCCAGAGUUCUCAACAGAUACAGAUAUAGUCAACCCCUAGAUUUAAAUAUAACGCUGACUUUAUACACAAAUAUCAAGACGUUUAUAACAGACGGAUAAUGUUGACUCCUAUGACAAAAUAUAACGCUGACUAAUCUAAAUCUGAUUGUGAAUUCAGUACCAAAGCUAAAUAAAACCUAGACAAAAGUGAUGAUUUUAAUCAUAUAGAUGUUCUAGUUUUCUUAAUAAUAUGAGCAUACCCUCCAUUUUUUCUUGACCUGCAGUAAGGCUAUUGUAAUUUUUUUUUAAAUAUAAAACUAUUUUCCAUUUUUACUUGUUUGGUUUAUUAUAUCAGGGAUGAAAAAAGUAUGACAUCUAACAUUUUUCAAACAUUUUCACAAAUUAAUUUU